AUGUCAACGAUUGACAUUGUUGUUAAUCCACGAGGAAAGCCAAUUCGCAGGCUUCCGAAGGAACUCACUGUUUCAACAACCUCCCCUACCAGCGAUAUCUACAACACCAUCGCCCAGAAGUCGGGAUACUCGGUCCAUCGGUUGAGAAUCACAAAGGGUGGAGAUGGGAGCCCUCUGUCCAAUGGAUCGGAGACUGUUCAAGAAACUGGCCUCAAAGCCCAGAGCGUGGUUUACGUCAAGGACCUAGGUCCUCAGCUCGGCUGGCGAUUCGUAUACAUUAUCGAAUACCUGGGUCCUCUCGCUAUUCCACCUCUAUUUCUCUAUCUGCUCCGGCCUUAUCUCUACUUUAACUUUGAACAACUCGCCGAACCGUCGCAGCUCCAGGUCCUCGUCUGUGCCCUUCUGGUCAUCCAUUUCUUGAAGCGCGAGUUUGAGACAAUCUUCAUCCACCGUUUCAGCCUUGCAACCAUGCCUGCCCGGAAUAUAUUCAAAAAUUGCGGUCACUACUGGGCGCUUGCUGGGGUCAAUAUCGCCUACUGGGUUUUCCGCCCCGACUCGCCCACAGCAACUGACGCGCUGAACCCGGUGUUGUACAAUGUUGGAUUGGCUCUCUUCGUGUUUGGAGAGCUAGCCAAUCUAAAUGCACAUGUGAUCCUACGAAAUCUCCGCCGCCCUGGGACUACCGAGCGAGGAAUUCCCCGAGGCUUUGGUUUUGGCUUGGUCACCUGCCCCAACUACAUGUUCGAGAUCAUUGCCUGGAUCGGUAUCUACCUGUUGACUGGCCUGAGCUGGAGCGUUUUCCUCUUCAUCGUUGUUGGCACUUUGCAAAUGUGGGCUUGGGCGAAGAAGAAGGAACGCCGCUAUCGCCAGGAAUUUGGUGACAAGUACAAGCGCAAGCGUUUUGCUGUCCUGCCACCUUUGCUCAUUAGCCGAUCUUGUCGUCUGUACCUCUUUUACGAUCCUCAUUCAGCUAUGCAUUACGCCCUACCGCCACGAAAGUCGUCCACGGCUCCCCCAUUCCCUCCACGCUCCUCUCUAUCGUCGUUCCAGCGUCGCCGUCAGCUAAAGACAGUCGGGAUAGUACUAUUUGUGAUAUUUUCGGGUCUAUUCCUUCUUUCCCGGUACUCCCACACGCCUACGAGUGGAGUCAUCAGGGCAGCGAUUCCGGCUGGCACGCCGGCUAUUGUACUUGUCACGCUCUUUGACAGUGAGGUCCUUAGUCAAAACUAUGCUCAGAAUAUAAAAAAUAAUCGAGAAGAUUAUGCUUCGCGACAUGGCUACGCCACCUUUUUCGCAAACGCAUCCGACUAUGUUUAUACCUUGACCGAGGGACAGCCCCGAAACUGGGUCUCGGUACCUGCUGUUCGGCAUGCGAUGAGCGAAUAUCCUCAUUCCACAUACUUCUUCUUUCUCAGCGCCCAUGCCUUGAUCAUGGAACCCCGACUCUCCCUCAUGAGCCACGUCCUGAAUCCGGCUCAGCUUCAGACAUUGAUGAUAAAGGACCAGUCCAUUGUCCCACCUGAUAGCGUUAUCAAGACUUUUUCUCAUACAACCGCCAAGGAUGUCGAUCUGGUCAUUACGCAAGAUGCAGAGGACUUGGUCCCCGAUAGUUAUAUUAUUAAACAGGGCCAGUUCGCUCGCUUCUUUUUAGAUAUGUGGUAUGACCCAUUGUAUCGAAAAUACAACUUUGCAAGGGCAGAAAAGCAUGCAUUGGAUCAUAUUGUUCAAUGGCAUGCAACGGUUCUUGCCAAGUUGGCGCUUAUUCCUCAACGAACUAUUAAUUCAUACAGCAAAGACUCUCCAGAUGCCGCUUAUGAUGGCAAUUAUCACGAGGGAGACUUUAUAAUUCACUUCAACGGAUGCGAUGCUCUAGGGAGGAGUUGUGAGGAAGAAAUGCGGCCAUAUUACUCAAUGUGGCAGAGAAACUCUGCAAACUAG